CGUGGCACUGCCAUUGUGGUGCAUCUUUAACCAUUAACGAUGAGGCUCUCCAUUUUUUCAAAACGAAACACAAAAGCCAAAUCCUUCACUCAUCAUGUGGCCAGAAAUGGGCUAACAAUGUCGUGAACCCAAUCCAAACCGACGGUGAGAUCGACUCCUCCACCAAUCAGCAACCGUUGGAUGGUAGGAAAAGAGAAUUGGGUCAGAGCACUAUAAGAAGGGCUGCUCUGUUUUGGGGGAGAGGCAGAGAAGAAGAAGAAGGGAAAAAAAGCAAGCAGCUUUACUGAGUAGUGAAACCCAGAAGGCAGAGCAAAGCCGAAUUGUAGAAAUGGCGUCCAUGAUUUCGUCCUCCGCCGUGGCCACCGUGAGCCGCACCGGCGCUCAGGCCAGCAUGGUCGCCCCUUUCACCGGACUCAAGUCCGCCGCCGCCUUCCCCGCCACCAGGAAGUCCGUCAACGACAUUACUUCCAUCACAAGCAACGGUGGCAGAGUCCAGUGCAUGAAGGUGUGGCCACCACUGGGUUUGAAGAAGUACGAGACCCUCUCCUACCUUCCCCCAUUGACGGAGGAGCAGUUGGGCAAGGAGGUCGACUACCUCCUCCGCUCCGGAUGGGUUCCUUGCCUCGAGUUCGAGUUGGAGCAUGGUUUCGUGUACCGUGAGAACAACAGGUCGCCAGGGUACUACGACGGAAGGUACUGGGUGAUGUGGAAGCUGCCCAUGUUCGGAUGCACCGACUCGUCGCAGGUGCUGAAGGAGCUCCAGGAGUGCGUCAAGGAGUACCCCCAGGCCUUCGUCCGCAUCAUCGGAUUCGACAACAAGCGUCAGGUGCAGUGCAUCUCCUUCAUCGCCUACAAGCCCGAAGGAUACAACUAA